UCAUGGAAUGUGGUGCGUAAAUAUCAGUGAUGCAUAUAAAACCCGUUUAAAAAAUUUUGAAUCGGUCAUAAUUUGAAUAGAACGUUCGGCUCGCUUCUUAAAAUCUGAUGGCGCUGUCGGCCAUUUUGAUUAUAUCAGAUUAUCUGCCGCUCAGCAUUCGGUAAGACGAAUUGUGCCGUGUAAACUUGACUUAAAUCUGCAAGCGGCAUGAAAACGCGGGUUGGUAAUAAGUGAGCGACGGGCAUAACCCGAGAUAGUCAGUUAGUCAAGAUGGCCGACGACGCUACCACACAUCCAGACUAAUGCCGAUUAUUACAUUCAAAAUACGAGUGACUUCUUCAACCUGUAACCUGUUAAUAUUCCUGACUCAAAUACCCGUUGUUUUAAAUAAUAAAAACAAAGACAAACUCUUGAUAACGAACAAGUGAAGUUUUACAGUGACGUAUCUACACCCCUAAUCUUUUGGAGGCGCCCCCCGUUAACAAGGGAGAAGAAAAUUUGACCGCGCUAAAAAAUAAGCGAGACUCGGCGAGGAGACGGGGACGGAUCAAUUUAAAUAAUCCUGAAGGUUUUCCGAUCGUUUUGACUCGAUAAAACCACAAUGGACGACGAAGAGGGCUCAUCGAGUUCGGGUCCAAUGUCGUCCCUGAACAGUCUCUUUUCGUUCACAAGUCCUGCGGUGAAAAAACUCCUCGGUUGGAAACAGGGUGACGAAGAAGAGAAGUGGGCCGAAAAGGCGGUCGAUUCGUUGGUAAAAAAAUUGAAAAAACGAAAAGGGGCAAUCGAGGAACUUGAACGCGCCCUGAGCUGCCCAGGAACACCGAGCAAGUGUGUCACGAUCCCCAGAAGUCUUGAUGGACGGUUACAAGUCUCACAUCGUAAGGGUCUUCCCCACGUGAUAUACUGUCGAGUAUGGCGGUGGCCGGACCUACAAUCUCACCACGAACUCAAACCCCUUGAAUUAUGCCAAUAUCCAUUUUCUGCCAAGCAGAAAGAAGUCUGUAUAAAUCCUUACCACUAUAAACGCGUCGAAAGUCCGGUUCUUCCUCCAGUUUUGGUCCCGAGGCAUUCGGAAUUUGCCCCGGGUCAUUCGCUUCUACCUUUUCAACAACUUCCCGAGCCAACCAUGCCACACAACGUUUCAUAUUCCUCGAGCGGUUUCAACGCCGGAACUGGUGUCGGGGUUAAUCCAACGUCCCCGCUCUCCUCUGUCGGUUCUGUCCCAAGUCCAGGUAGCACGACUUCUCCGAAUCCCCAAAGUCCCUACGGGAGCAACGGUCUUCCCGAAACACCACCACCGGCCUACUCUCCGCCAGAAGAUGGUUCCCAACAUGGUCAAUCACCUCCACCCGAUCCGUCAGCGAUGGACACAACCGGAAAUGCGGAAGUCGCGCCAGUUUCUUACCAAGAACCACCUUAUUGGGCGUCGAUCGCUUACUACGAGCUGAAUUGCAGGGUCGGAGAGGUCUUCCAUUGCCAAUCACACUCGGUUAUCGUCGAUGGUUUCACCAAUCCUAGUAACAAUUCGGACAGAUUUUGUCUCGGCCAGUUAUCGAAUGUUAAUAGAAAUUCAACGAUAGAAAACACCAGGCGACACAUAGGGAAAGGAGUACACCUUUAUUACGUCGGUGGUGAAGUUUAUGCGGAGUGUUUAUCAGAUUCGGCGAUAUUUGUGCAGUCGAGAAAUUGUAACCACCACCACGGAUUCCACCCCAGCACCGUAUGCAAGAUACCUCCGGGAUGCUCAUUGAAAAUAUUCAACAACCAGGAGUUUGCACAGCUCCUAUCGCAGAGUGUUAAUCACGGAUUCGAGGCUGUCUACGAACUCACAAAAAUGUGCACCAUACGAAUGUCCUUUGUGAAGGGUUGGGGCGCGGAAUACCAUCGUCAGGAUGUAACGUCGACGCCGUGUUGGAUCGAAGCCCACCUACACGGUCCUCUGCAGUGGUUGGAUAAAGUUUUGACCCAGAUGGGAUCUCCGCACAACGCAAUUAGUUCCGUAUCUUAAGCUAGGGUAAUAGAAUCCAGGAUAAAAAUCCUCAUCGCCCUACGUUCCUUUGUGGUUUUCCACAAAAUCUUCAUCGAAGUAACCUGCAGGCAUCGUCAUGGACGAAUCGGCGUUAUCAAUGAACGCGUUAUACACGUUUCUAUGAACAGGUAUAUUCGUAACGGUCGUUAUCUUCUGAAACGUCGAGAGGUUUACAUAUCUCGUCAAGUUGUAACGUUUCACAAAUCUACGACUAUUUAAUACCUAUCUGCAAAUUGUAGUCGUAUUAGAAAAAAAUAGAUGAAAUUAUAUGAGCGGGAAGAAUUAGAAAAAUGAAAAUAUAACAAAACUCAAAUCGUCCAAUUGAUAGAAAACGAAUGAAAGUACCGACUUACAAAUUAUUAUUGCCAAUCAUUUUCAUUUUUGUUACUGUAAUGAUAAUUGAUUAAUUGAUUAUUGUAAUCAUUGUAUGGAACGUUGAGAAGAUAUUAUUAACAUUAUUAUUAUCAUCAUUUUUAUUAAAAAUAUGAUCAUUAUUAUUAUCAAUAUUAUCAUUAUUAUUAUUAUUUUACUAUUACUUUUAUUGUCGCGAUCAUGUAUGUACAGUGAAGUGUGUACAGAAUCUGAGAAAAUACUUAUUAUGAUUAUGAUUAUGAUUAUUAUUACGGUCAUUAUUAUCAUUAUUACUAUCAUUGUUAGUGCAAUUUUUCUUGUUAUUUACUAUUAUGAAUAAUCGUAGUACACCACGGUACAGUACCUUACGCAUAUAUUGAGGAAUCAUAUUUUUUAAAUCAACAUAUUUGUGUCUUACGAAUCAUGAUAUUUUUAUUCUAUGCAUACAUAUACACGUAAAUAUACGAUAUAUUACAUAUAUUUAUAUACAUAGUGGUAUGUAUGGAGAUACCCAGGUUCAUCGAGGAAAAAUCGACGUGUGUAAAUAUAAAAAUAUAUACAAUGUUUAUUCAGA